UUUUCCGCAUUAUGCAUAUUUACUAUUGCUAAUCACGAAUUAUAAUGCGUUGUGCUGUAAGAUACUGUGGCAACAACAAUCGAAAUGGCAAUAAAAAAAAUUGGCGCUACUUUCACUUUCCAAAAGAUAAGCAACAGCUCAAGAAAUGGAUUGAAUUCUGCGAGCGCGACAUAACAAACACAACAACAGCCUGUAUCUGUAAUGAGCACUUCACUCCGGAAGACUUUGAACGUAAUCUGCAAUAUGAGCUUGGUUUCACACGUAAGAACCCUACAAUUUUAAAGCCUGGUUCCUAUCCCACUGUACAUGGGCCACAAACUAAACUGUUAUUAAAUAAUGCUAAGAAUAAACGCAGAAGUUGUAAAAAUACAAGCCCAUCUAGCUGCCGUAAGAAGAAGAAGCAGAUAGAGGAAGAGAAUUCGAAGACCUCACAGCUUGAGCAGCUUACCCCAAACACAAGCAAUAGAGAAGAGGAAACAGCUGAAAGUGGGAGCACCCAGUAUGAAAGCUAUGAAAUGAUAGAGUAUAUUAGCGAAUCGGAGGAAACUCAGCUAACCGAAGAAGGGCCUCGAAUCGGACGAAUUGAAUUGGAAAUAAUUGACUCGCUUGAUCCCCAAACAAAUACUGAAGAACAUAUGGAAAUAAUAGAAUCAGAAAGCGACAGUUAUGCGAGGCAUUUAGAAUGCGAAGUGAGCAGCUUAAGACGUCAAGUUUUCUUCUUAAAGGAUGAGCGUAAAAAACUCAUUGAUGAAAUUCAAACCCUAAGAGCAAUAGUUCAAAGCGCUAGACUGAAAGACGAAUCCGUGGAGACCCUUUACCAAGCCAAUAAUAAGACUAUUACAAAAAGUAAAUACGGACCUUCAAUUAAGAAGACAGUCAUGCUAUACACAGCAAAUAUUGAUACCAUCAGGAAAUUACGAAAAACAGAUAAAAACGACUGAGUAAAAUUGACUCUAAUAACUAAAAUUUACAAACAUAUAUUAAAAUUAUAUUUUUAUACAAACAUUGUUUAUACCUAAAACAAAUCAUCAAGCUUAUCUUAAGAUUUUAUGUAAACUAAUCCAUUUGUUUGCAAGCAACAGGCAAGUCAAGAUUUUCAAGAAUUUUAUCUGCACUUUCCCAGAAGGAAUUCAGCUAAUCUCUUUUUUAUGUAUGCGUCGCUAUCAUAACUCAACUUUAACGAGCAGGCAAAUGUAUUGGGUGGGUUGCUCGUUCUUAUCGCGGAAUUUUUGUCUGGUAAUUUUCCAACAAGGUCAAAGUCAUUAGGACCAUGACGCCUACGAACGAACAUAUUGACAGAUUGAACUGACCCUGCCUCGGCUGUACCUGCAGGCCUAUAAAACUGCGCUGCGUCUUCCGAUCGAUCUGCACUUCAAGCAAGACUCUCUGGUGAUCAACAACGUGCUCGAACCGGACCAGGAACUCUGGCCAGUGGGCGAUAGAAACUCUUGGAGUACCAAAUCAGCUGGAGGUUAAUACCAUCGCACUGGCACUCUAAAAAGUUGAUAAUGGGAACACGAAGCCCGCAUGGAGCCGGAACCAACUGGAUGAGAAAUACCCAUGGAAUUCCGCCAAUGAAUUUGCUUGCUGUGUUAGCAAUUAGGAAAAAUUAUUCAAAUGUAGUUUAAUUC